AUGAGUGUUCGUGUGUGUGCUGCUGCUGACUGGGGCGUUCGGUUCGUUCGCGCGUCAAUUCUCAUUCUCGAGCCUCAAACCUUACUACAACGGGAUUUUCAAGAACCACGGACGUUCACACGGCGUUUUGCUGUUGGCGCGCGCGAUACCCAUUAAGUAACGGGCAGAUGAGGCGUUUGACAAAAAGAAAAAAAAAAUACCACACAAAAAUUUCAAAUAACCAACAAAUAAAUAGACACCCCACUCACAAGCACAUCCGCAUUCAAAAUCGAAAAAAACAGCAGAACGGAACAGAAGAACAAUUGCGGCUGCAAUUGGAAUAAAUCGAGGAUUAUACAACCCGUGCUACGCUUCAUCAUCAUCGCCAUCAACAGCAUCGUCAUCAAGCAGCAGCAGCAUCCCAAUCAGCCAAUCAAUCAAUCAACCAAAUAGAAUUCGGAACAUAUAACUGCAAUGUUUAGAUAAGACGUUUGAACCAUCAAAAAGAUGCACAGAUAUGUGCAUACAUAUGUACUAUCAGCUACGGACACCAACGACUUGUCAUAGAAUCGCACGGCUCUGAGGAGACACCACUCAUGGAGGCGUUCUAGGAAGGAGACACGGGAAACGGACCAACGUUUGUCAAAAGUCAAAGACAGCAAAAGAGAGAGAGUAACUAACUAGCAACCGACUUAGACAAAGCCAUUAGCAAUUACUUUACACACACACACACACCUACACAAAAUCGACCCUUUUUAUGGGAGAUGCUCUGUAAAUACAUAAAACACAACACACUUAGGAUCUAGGAGUCUACGCCUCACACAUCACACAUCAGACAUUAGACUCAAUUCUCUGAGAUAAACACACACAAAAACAACUACAUAGACUCACAAAAUAGAAACACUACUAAAUCUAGUACAACACAUCGCCUGAAACUUCACAGUCAAAAAUUGAGCUAGGAUAUUCAUAAUUGUGCGUUUGAUCAAUCAGAUAGAUAUAUACUCGUAACCCGUACACGUACACGGAAAGCACACCGAACAGAAUCGAACAAAGAAAAAACAAACAAAUAGUGAAUAAUCUUCGAAAGGAUCUGGGUACGGCGGACAGGGUACGGUACCAAGGACUGCCAAGAUGCAUAUUGAAAUCCAGGUGGCCCUGAACUUUGUCAUCUCCUAUCUGUAUAAUAAACUGCCUCGCCGACGUGUGAACAUAUUCGGCGAGGAGCUGGAGAAGGCACUGCGCGACAAAUUCCAGGGACACUGGUACCCGGAGAAGCCUUUCAAGGGUUCUGCCUAUCGUUGCCUGAAGACCGGGGAUGCCAUCGAUUCGGUUCUGGAGCGUGCUGCCCGGGAGAGCGGUGUACCCAUCAGUGAUAUUUUAGAGAAUUUGCCACACGAGCUGUCCGUGUGGAUGGAUCCCGGCGAGGUGUCCUUUCGCGUUGGCGAGAAGGGAGCCGUUAAGAUUCUUUAUACAGAGAACAAUGAGAACCACGAGGAUAGCCGCUCGGCAGAUCGCGAGGUCACCAAGACGUUCAAUCCGGAGGCUCAAUGCUUCCGACCCAUCGAUGUGGUCAACACGACCCUGAACAACCUGAGCUUAAGCCCCAAGUCGUUGCCGGUGCCUAUGCCCCAGGCGGGCUCCUCGCCGCACUCGGCUGCCUCUGGGUCGCCCACUUACAAGGGCAGCCCCAAUCCCAAUGCCAGCAACGGCAGCUGUGGCUCCGCCUCUGCCUCCGGUUCGUCCAGUGGCUCGGCACCGGCUCCGGCUCAGGGUCAGACUCAGGCCACGACUCAGGCACCGACUCACGGCAACACUUCGGCCGGUGGCACAGCCUCGGCGUACUUGCAACGUGCACCACAGGCGCCGUUAACCUUCACGACCGCCACCUUUGCCCAGACAAAAUUCGGCAGCACCAAGCUCAAGACCAGCUCGAAGCGGGCCAACAGCAGCGCGUACCGCAUGUCGCCCACAGAGUUCUCGAACUACAUCAAGCAGCGGGCCAUACAGCAGCAGAUGCAUCACGGCCAUGGGGUGGUCCCGUCCCAGGGCUAUGCCGCCCUGGACCCUGUAUCACCGGCACGCUCGAUCUCACCAAAUCCGUUGGCUCUGGGUGGCCAAAUGGCCACCGGGGCUGUAGCCGGCGAUCACUUCUUCUAUCCCGGCGUGGUCAUGGGCCUUUAUCCGCAGUUCAACGGCCAGCGGAACCUCUACGAGCCACACUUCAACGGCGACGCCAACAUGGCCAUGUUUGCCGGGCAUCCCCAUGUCAAUGCCGUGGGUGGAGCCAAGUACAGUACUUACAUGGAGGCAUGCUACUUUCCCAACGGCCAGCAUCUGUCCCAGCAGCAGCAGCAGCAGCUAGGCGUUCAAUUGGACAACGAGGGCUGUUCAUAUGGCCUGGAGACAGAGCAGUGUGUCAUCGAUGAGGUGGCAGCAACUGUGGGAGCAGCAACAGGCGGAGCUGGAGUUGGAGCUGGGGACUCUUCCCCGGACAACAGUCCCAUUGCCACGCCACCAGUGGCUGCAAUGCCCAACCAAACAGCUGCUGCUGCUGCUACUGAUGUUGCAGACACAGCCGGUCCCGACAGCCCUGGCGUCAAUCAGCAGCAGCAGCAGCCGGCCGAAUCCUCAUCGGCCAGCAAUCUGAUUGAUGGGAUCAACUCGUUCUACGGCACUGGAUCGUCUUACCAGCAGCUCCUGGUGGCCAACUAGGCCCCCUCUCAGCCCCAGCCACAAUAACCAACAACACCGACAGCAACCAGCAACCAGCAACAGACAUACCAACUCGAGGGCCGAGAGCGUAGAACAGAGCCAGAACAAUAGAACAUAGAAUUAAACGAAAGCUCCGCCACAUAGUUAUAUAAUAGAGAUAAUGUUGAAUCUGACUGGCCCCAUAAAGCCAGACACCAUACCGAUCCAAUUGUUACAACAUUUUGAGCCACAAGAAAUCCACACAUAAAUUCCGAGAACAAUGUAAAAACAGGAUACGUUUAGCUACUAUAUACAUUUUGGAUUGUGUACACCCCUCGUUUGUGUUGUAUAUAAUUAUGAAAGCAAUGGUACAUUAGAUGAAGACCUACUCCCAUAGACGAUAGACCAUAGACAUACCUUUAGACCGUUCAAUCAGACUGUGUACGAUGGCCCCUAUUUAUAGGAAAGUGUAUAGAUUCAUAUUUUUGAUGGCUCACGUUCGUAGGCGCAUGCAGCCAGUCGCCGCAGACAUACCCAUAGAUAGACAACCAGACCUGAGCAUGGGCCUAUUUUAUGAGAAAGUUCAUUAGUUAGCGCCCAUACGGACAGGUUAUAUUUUGUUAUCAAAUUCGAAGUGAAGUUUCUUUCAUCUACAAACAAUGCCUAGAUUAUACAUAUACUAUAUACAUAUAUAGCUGCAUAUAUGUAUAGGAUCUGCACGGACACACAACAAACACUGAAACAGAGACAGAGACAGACACAGGUGGGGCCGCCAUAGGCGUGCUUUGCUCUAAAACAUAAAAACCAACAAUAUAUGUAUAAAAGGAAUUCAAAUAGAAUUUCUCAACUAAAAUUGUUUUUAAUUGUUAUACAUACAUAUAUAUAUAUAUAUAUAUGCAUAUUAUAAAUGACUUUCGACAUUAAGUUUUUAAUUAGUUAUAACGAUUAAGAGAUAAGCUCAUUUUUGAUAUCAAGAUGCGACCGACGACAACAGGAAGAUGUGUGAAAACGAACAGGAAUGACCCUAUACUAAAAGCCACACAAGCGUUGGGCGUCUGGGAGCCGAUCAACUUCGAAUGAGCCCGAAGAUCAGUCAACCCAGAUGCCCAACAAACGUCUGUGCCCCUCACCUCGACUCUAACCUACCGACUGCAAGUGGUUGGGAUAUUCUAGCGAACUGAAUGACACGAUGCGAAUGAAGAAUGAUCCCUAGAAUAUUGGGCCCCAACCAUUCGAGUUAUCGAAGCCAUCUUUAGUCUCUCCCAAUGUCCCAAUGCCCCAAUCGGAACUGUCUGCUGUCUCGAGCCAAUCCAGAUGAUAUAAGCCAUAAACGUUUGCCUUAACCAAGGCAAGGAAUGGAAAGGGUAGGCGCAUGUCAUAGGGGAAAACAAAAUAGAAGUACUAUAAACAACUCUUUCAUUUGUGUGUUACAUUGUAUGUAUUACUAUUUGACUUCAUAUUUUUUUUAUAUUGUAUGUAUAUCUAUUUUUAUAUGAACAUUUGUAAUUUUUAUAAAUCAACUAAAGUAAAAAACAAUUUUAUACUUUUUAUAUGGGCUUACGUGAAAAAUACCUUGUGCUAUAGUAUGAAUGUUUACUUUAAUUUUCAAACAAACCAAACAAACAACAAAAACAAA